UUUCGUUUCACGAGAAAGAAACAGUGUAUCUCUCUGGAAGCAGACCCGCGUCAAGUCUUCUUCAUUUUCUCCUUCUCCUAAUCAAUCCCAAUUCAGAAACUUUUCAUCACAAUCCAAAUUUCCCCAAAAAAAAUUCCACAAAUUUCCCAAUUUUCAAUCCCAACAACUCCUUCUUCCCCACCGUCACAACCUCACACCUUCAAAAUCUGUUUUUUCAACCUUCAAUCCAUUUUCUCACCAAAGGGUUUCUCUUGAUUUCACUUUCUCUAUGUGAAUUUUUCUCAAUCAAAUUCAAAGGUGUGAACUUUAACGUGUUGAUCAAAUGGGAAAACACACGUUACUGAAACUUUUAUUGUUUUCUCUAAUCCUAUUUCAUUGUGUUGAUGCUUCUUUUGUUAAGAGCUUUAGAAAGUUGAUUGAUUCAACACCAAUAAAGGAUUCUCCAGAUCCAAACAAAACAGUUGGUGAAGAGAAAAAGAAAGAAAUUGAAUCAAAUGUUUCAUCAGUUCCACCGCCACAAUUGUUACCUAAAGUUGAGAAUGUGAAUAACAGUGAUGUAAAUCAAAAGGAGAAUAAUAGUACUACUAACACACCUCCUCCUAUUUCUGUUAAUGCUACUACACCUCCUGUUCCUGUCCCUGUUCCUGUUACUGCUAUUACACCACCACCUCCUCCUGUUCCUGUUACUGCUACUACACCACCACCUCCUCCUGUUCCUGUAACUGCACCUCCUCCUCAUGUUCCUGCAACUGCACCACCUCCUGUACCCAAAAAAGCUGAAGAUGGAGUUGAUGGGGGGAAGAUUCAGGAAGAAAAGAAGGGUAAAGAGGAGGAGAUUAAAUUUUCGCAUUCUACAACGAAUGACACUUGUGAAGGGCUAAAUACUUGCACAGAUGAUGGGGUCAUGGCUGCUUGCAUUUCUAAUAAGGAUUCCAGAAACUUAGUUGUUCUUCUUCGAAAUAGAGGGGAAGGCUCCAUCAAAGUGAAGCUUCGCAGUGAUUAUGAAAGUAACCUUGGAGAUGUAGAAGUGGACAAAAAUAAAACAGAAAAGGUCACAAUCAAACGAAUUCAUAGCGAAAAUACCCAACUGACUUUGGAUGCUGGAAAAGGGGAUUGCGUGCUUCACACAGCUACUCCCAUACCUGAGGAGAGUUAUUUUCUGCACUUCCCUUCUUAUGACAAGAUUUUAACGCCAAUAAACGGCGCAUAUUUUCUCAUAUUCUCAGUAUUAGUCUUUGGAGGUAUAUGUGCUUGUUGCAUGUUCAGGAAGAAACAUCGCGACGAGAUCCCAUAUCAAGAGCUCGAAAUGGCGUUGCCCGAGUCUGCUGCAGCUACCAAUAUAGAAUCUGCUGAAGGUUGGGAUCAAGUUUGGGAUGAUGAUUGGGACGACAAUGUAGCGGUGAAGUCGCCAUCAGUACGCCAUGCAGGAAGCAUCUCGGCAAACGGCCUUACUGCUAGAUCCUUAAACAAAGAUGGAUGGGAAGAUAACUGGGAUGAUUAGUUUUAAAAAGGGAAAAAGAAAUAAGGGAAAGGAAUAUAAACUUCAAAGGCUGGGAAUGAUAUGAUAGAAAAUGCAAACAUAGUUAGGGAGGGAUGUGACAAAUGUGGCUGUGCUAGGGCUUAAGUUAAAGUAUAUCCUAGCAAAGAGACAGCAGAAAAAGAAGAGAAAAGUAUCAUAGUUUCAGCACAUUGGAUUUUGAAUCUUGAACAUGUAAUAGUGAAUGCCCUGGCUCAAAAUAGAGACAAAGGAAACUGUGUAAAUGAAAUAUAGAAGCUAAAGUUUUGUUGUUGUUGGCUUUAUCAAA